AUGCAGUAUCUGUCAAAGGCGUACAACUACUACUCGGGCAUCAACCCCGCAACGCUCUCGGGCGCCAUCGACGUGAUCGUCGUCCGGAGCACUGACGAAAAUGGCGACGAUAUCUUGCAAUGCUCGCCCUUUCACGUGCGCUUUGGCAAGCUGCGUGUACUCCGCGUCGGCGAGAAGAGGGUCACGCUCACCAUGCCCAACAACUUGCCCGAGCCACACAUCGCCCCCUUUUCCAUGAAGGUCAGCGACACGGGAGAGGCAUUCUUCGUUCUCGAGACCGACGGCGAGGUCCCCGCCGACCUCCUCACAAGUCCUGUCAUUUCGGCCACCGAUGCCGAUAUGGACAUUCCCCGACCCUCCCUCGACGAGAGCGUGCCCGACGACGCCGACCCACGUCAAUCCCUUACUCUACAGCCCUUCGGCGCUACGGAGCAGCAAGUGAGCCAUGAGGGCCACAUGCACGAAUCCAUCCAUGACGUGCCCCUCGCCGAAGUGGACCACCUGGACCUUAACGCCCCGCACGAUCCCGACGACGUCAAGUCACAAGAGGGCGGCAUUGCUGCGCCCACGGCUGUCCUGGCGUCACCGCGCAGGCGCAUGUCGGGCCUGGACAAGGAGGAGGUGCCAAACCCUCUCGAAGCUGGACCGGGGGAGGACACAUCCCUUCCAAUCCGUAAUUUCCGACUGAAAGCUCUUCACAGGGACAGCGGGGACGUCGAGCUUCCUAAGGUGAAGCGCGGAGAGCACGACGGACCUACUGUUCAGUACAGUGACGGCAUUGUACUCGACGCAGCAGGGUACCACAAAAAGUACGACAAUGAUGAGCCCACCCGUGAACCGGCAUCGCCCAUCGCGUCGGCCUUUCCCCCUCGACCCAAGUCGCCUGUGGGCGUCAAGAAUGCCGAGGUCCAAGAGUUUAUCAACGAUCUGAUGGGCUCGGAGGACCACGGUCUCGCCUCGCCUCAGGCCGGCCCCAAUGACGACGGUCUCCCGUCUUCCAUGGCCGCAUUGUCGCUCGAAGGCGGAGGAUCAUCGCGGGCGCGCACCCCUUCGCCGGUGGCGACUUUCCGCCGUGGCGACCGCAUGACGUCUGAGCCGCCAGAGUUGAGCCGCCCCGUGUCGCCCAAUGGCGGCACAGACGGCAACGUCGACACGAAGAAGGUGACCACAACCCGACAGCCUCAUCGCGCCGAGAGCUUGCCCGUUGGCGACCACACUGGCGUGCACGAACAUCGCUCCCGCGCCGAGCUCAAAGAGGUCGAGUACGGGCCCUAUGAGUUUCUCCUCGAGCUCGACGGUCGCGAGCACGUGUUCGAGCUCUCGUUGUGUGGCGACGACAAGUUUGCCCCCGAUGGAGAGGCGACCGACGACGAGCGCGAGGCGUUUGACCGCGAGCGUGUCUCGUUCCAAAAGUUUAUGGAGGACGCCAACAUUGUCGACGACCCACGUCUGGUUGUCUACUACAACGACAUGUACCUGUCCUGGGCGACUGGAUACCACUUGCUGUUCGCGCUUGCCAUCUACCGCCGCGCCUCGCUCGACGGAUCCAAGCCCAACGCCGCUGCGCCCCCCCAGCCCCAGCGUUCGUCGGGUUACUGGUCGCGCUGGUGGCGUGGAUCGCGCACCGACUCGCUCGAGCCUCCCUCCAUUGAGCGUACCCAGUCGGCCAACGCUGGGCUGUCGGGUGCCAAGGAUAAGGACGUCAAGGCAUUCAAACUCGACGAAGUGCACCAGCCCUCGGCAUCAAUGCCCGUGUCGGAAGCUGCUUCCCCCUUGGCGACGCCCGGUACGCCUGUCGAGGCUGGAAGCGACGGAGAGGAGCCCGAGGUCGCCGCUGGCGAGCAAAAGCACUAUGCCAAGACGCUUCGCCUGUCGUCCGAUCAGCUCAAGGAGCUUCACCUCAAGCCUGGACCCAACACGAUCAACUUUUCUGUCAUGUCGAGCUACUCUGGGUACGCUGUCGUCUCGGCGCGCAUUUUCCUUUGGGACGAGUCGGACCAGGUCAUCAUCUCGGACAUUGAUGGGACCAUCACCAAGUCUGACGCUUUGGGCCACGUCUUUGCGGCCAUUGGCCGCGACUGGACGCACGUCGGCAUCGCCAACUUGUACACUGACAUUUGCAACAAUGGCUACAAGAUCCUGUACCUCACUGCGCGUGCGAUUGGCCAGGCCGACACGACGCGCGACUAUCUCAAGACUGUUGUGCAGGGCGACUACCGCUUGCCCGAGGGACCCGUCAUCAUGAGCCCCGACCGUCUCAUGGCCAGUCUCCACCGGGAGGUUAUCCUGCGCAAACCCGAGCUGUUCAAGAUGGCCUGUCUGCGUGACAUCCAGCGUCUUUUCGGCCAACAUGCCAAGACGGCGUUCUUUGCCGGCUUUGGAAACCGUAUCACGGACGCCAUGUCUUACCGCUCGGUCGGUAUUGAGACGGGCAAGAUUUACACCAUUGACUCGACGGGUGUGAUCAAGACCGAGCUGCUCCAGGCUUCCCACAAGGGCAGCUACAUUGGUCUCAACGACCUUGUCAACGAAGUGUUCCCACCUGUCAAGACCAAGUUCCAGCCAGAAUACACCGACUUCAACUACUGGCGUGACCCCAUUAUGGACAUUGCCAUUCCGGACAUUGUCGUGCCCGUGUCCCCGGCCCUCUCGGCACGUUCAGACACGUCUGGCGGUUCGCGUCUUUCGUAUCUCGGCAAGAUUGCCAGUCCUGGGUCGUCGCUCGUCGCGCCCCAUCCUGCCCGACUCGGAAGGCGGCGCCGCCUCGCCGGCGUCCCAGACCUCGCGGCCGUCAUCUCCCCUCAUCGGACCUGCCCUCACGCCUGGCGACCUGAGCGAGGACGAGGAGUGGGCGUCGUCGUCGCAGCGCGCGGGCAACCGCUCCCCUGGUUCAACCGCGGCGAGUCGAUGGACAGCCUGGGUCGGGAACGUCACGAGGGCGAGGUGGACGACGAACAAGGACAGGAAGACGACUCGUUUGCGGACGACGACGCCAUCUUUGACGACGACAUUCUUGCCACCGGCGAGAUGGCGCGUGUCCCCUUCUAG